UUUUCCUCUGAUUAGUAACACCCGUCCUAAUAAGGAUUGUUGCAGGGACCGGCUGCAGUAGACUGGUGGUUCCCAUUCCGUAGGUAAACAAGAGCGAGAAAUGAAUACUGAAUCGCUGUCAAAUCACAGUCCACCCAAAAAAGACUAUCAACAGUUGCAAAAAAUUCUUAAAGGAAGAUGUGAGGAGAUUUCAAAGGACAACGAUGCCCUUUCAUCUCGGCUGAUCAACUUGAAACUACUCAUUUAUAAAUCUGAAAAUCAGUGCAAAAAGCUGAAAGAUCGUCUUGAAUACCAUGGAGUUGAUUACCACACAGCUGCUGCUGCUGCUGCUGCAGCCAGUAAUUAUGCUGAAGCUACUGACUUUAUAAGUGAAAAGGCAGAAAAUAAUGUUAAAUCCAGACCCAAACAUAUCAGGAAGAAACGAAACAAACCAAGCAAUAACCAGAAAAGUUCAACAGUACCAACCGAUAAUAACACAAACCCUUUAAAGGCUUCAACAGCUGAAUUUGAAGGAAAUUUGUCAUCAUCAUUCCCAAUUUCAAAAGACGAUAACCUUAUUACCAUGUAAUCUUCUUAAUUGUAUUUCUAAUAAAUGUUCAAAUUUCCAUAAA